CCUUAAAAGGGUCUCCGAGGGACCCGGAGCCCGAGAAGGGGAGAUGGAAUGACCUACGAUGAUCAGGUCGCCAGGGGUGCUCCCGCGCUCCUGAGCGCAGCGGAAUUCAGAACUGCGGGGCGAGGCUGCCGUCCAGUGUUGAUGUCACACAGCUCGGCCCAAUGAGCACAGACGCCAAGCUGGCCAGUGGCUGUCCAUUCUGCUGCUCCGGAGGGGCCGCGAGCUCUCCAAACGGACACCUUAGCCGCUCCCCCAAGGACAGAAUUUCCUGGCGUGAGGAAUGCCUGAUAAGAUGUGCUGCUCCCGGAAGUUUGUUUUAAUUGUGUGUUUUCUUUCCUGCUGGCUUCCAUCCUGCAGUGGCGACCUGGACAGCAAAACUUCUGAAGUCCUCUCCAUAGCCAUGAUCAGCAUUGGCGCCGGCAUCCUGGUGGCCCUGCUCGCGCUGAUAGGUGUCAUCAGCUGUCUUUACUUCAAAGUGGCCAAGGCAUUGAAAGUUUCAAAACCACCUUUUUGUUUGGCCUUAAAAAAUCAUCCAUCCGUGGUCACCCAGGACAAGAUCACCGCGGCCCCGUCCAUCACCACCGGCUACUACCCCAACCUCCAGUUCUGCGAGGAGUGCCCCUUGUUCACCGACUUCGACUGCCUGCCACCAUGCUUCUGCGAUGUGAACGAGGGCCUCUGACUCAGGUGGGCACGGAUCCUUCAGGAGCCAUCUUUCCUUCUUAGUAGCAUGUUUUAUUAUUCAA